GGUUAUUUUGCUUGCAUGGAGGUGUGUUCAGCCUGGGACACUUAUCAUACAUGUCAUGUCAGGAUCAAACAUUAUACAUGGAGGUUGAACCCACUGCUGGAGGGAAUGAACUUUGAAGAUUUAGGGGAGCUCGACCAUGCAAUGCUGCGGAGGUUAGAGAAAAGGAUUCUAGUCAGUCUUCCCUCCUCAAUAGCUCGCCAAACCAUGAUUUCUCAUUGGCUGCCUCCUCUUAGUGCCACUGGAGGGGUGGAGCUACGAACCGAGCUGGACUAUGAAAAUCUGGCAAAGGAGAUGGAAGGUUACUCUGGCUCUGAUUUAAGACUGGUGUGUAAGGAGGCUGCGAUGAGACCAGUCCGCAAGAUUUUUGAUGCUCUUGAAUCCCACCAGGACGGUGAUUCUGGUAUGCCUGAUUUCCAGCUGGAAACUGUGACAACUGAUGACUUUCGGAAGGUCAUCUCUCACACCAAACCUUCAGCCAGAAACCUGAUGGACAAAUUCACAGCCUGGGAGAGAGAGUUUGAGUCUGUCUAAAGUACAGGCACAUUUUAAAAGCAUAGAAAUAAAAACUUGUAAUAAGAGAG